GGAAGCGAGCGUACAUGCAGAACCUUCUGCGAGGUCUCCUAAGAGGGCCCCAAGGACGCCACCACCUGGGGUUCACCAGGAACAUCUCCAGUUCGUUCUCCCCUCGUCGAAGAGUCCUAGAACACCUCCAGACACGUUCCCUGAUCUCCGUAAAAGGUGCAGACACCCUGGAAUUCCUCCAGGGGCUCAUUACCAACGACAUGCGCCACCUCGAGAGCACCCCGAGCAUGUACUCCCUCUUCUUGAACACAAAAGGUCGAGUCCUCUACGACACAAUAAUCUACAGAUCAAAAACACCAGAAGCUUUUCUCCUGGAGGUGGACACCGCGAUUUCUCAGGACCUCCAGAGACACCUGAAGAUGUACAAAAUUCGGAAGAAGGUGGACAUCACCCUGGACCCAUCGACGAGGGUCUGGGCAUUUUUCGAUGAGGAUUUCGAUCCAGAGAACCUGAAGAACCUCGAGAAAUCAAAAUUAGAGGGGAAAACCGUGAAUUUUCCCUGUAGAUCUCUUGAAGAAACCCCUGGGGAACACCUUGAAGACGUUUCGAUAUUCAAGGACCCCAGAAUUCCGUCCCUGGCGAUGAGAGUCCUCAGCCUGCAGGACGUCCCCAGGACGGAGAUCAUGAAGAGACUUCUCGUCGAGGAGGACAAUGAGGGAAUUAACUACAAGGAAUUCAGGUACCGUUUGGGAAUAGGUGAAGGCGUGGAGGAUCUACCCCCGGGGAAAGCCCUUCCCCUGGAGGUCAACUGUGAUUAUCUCCAUGGGGUGAGCUUCCACAAGGGCUGCUACAUCGGACAGGAGCUGACAGCCAGGACACACCACACUGGAGUCAUCAGGAAGAGGUUCAUGCCUCUGAUUUUUGAGGAAGAUCCUGGAGGAGAUGUCCAGACGGAUGAGAACGUCCUGGGAGAUGGGGGGAAGGCUGUGGGGAAGAUAAAAGGAGUUCAGGGAAGAUUUGGCGUGGGGCUCGUGAGAAUUGCAGAGGCCCUGGGGUCUGAGAGGCUCACAGUCCUGGGGAAAAAUGUCAGGGCGAUAAAACCCUUUUGGUGGCCUGUCGACAGUCCCAAGGAGAAGAUCAUUAGUCAAUGAGUCCUGGACACGAAUUUCGGAAGGGAGGACUGAAUUCUCUGGAGACAAGACUUGGAAUAUUCUUGGAUUUUUCAAUUAUCGAGUAAGAGUUGAGGG